AUGGGUGUUUUCAAUUCCAAGCAAGUCAGACCGAAGCACACGAAGCGGGACGGUACCCCGACAUCUCCUCAAGGAGCAGUGUGCCCUCCUGGAACCUUAUGGUACGACGAGACUUGUGCCGACCCCAAUCAGGAAUCACAUGGCUGCUUUGUAGCUGAUCCUUGCGAGGGUCUAACAGUCGCGGCCGCGUCCACAUCAGGAGUGCCAGUCAAGUACACGAAGCGCGCCUCUGAAACCGAAAAUUGUGCUCCUCAAUCAUUCUACAACACUACUUGCGGCUUGCCCGGCUACUUCUUCUAUGGCUGCUUUGGUCCGGAUCCUUGCUCCAGUGCCUCGUCGGAGGCAGCCGCUGCAUCCACAUCUGACCAGCACAAAGACCAGUACGGCUCAUACCAAGACAACUUCUUCAACCUCUUCAAUCUCCUCAACCUCCUUAACUUCCUCAACUUCCUCAACUUCCUCAACUCCCUCAACUCCCUCAACUUCUUCCAGAAAUCUACGCUCUUCUUCGAGUUUCCCCCCAGCUUCCAGUCAAACAAGUUCAACACAAUUCCUAUCGCAGCUACCUCAUCAGCACCAGUUGCGACGGUGCAUUCUUCCUCGUCUUCGCACUCAAACACGGCAGCAGUCGCUGCUGGAACCGUUGGAGCUAUCAUUGGGGCCAUCAUUGCAUUGAUAUUGAUGUUGCUCGUACUCAGAUGGCAUAAGAGACGCACAGAGGACAAAGUACGGGUGACUGAGCAGGACAAUGAUCUGCGAUUGCAAGGAGUUGAUGCGAGUGGCGCAGGGAAUGCUUUCCAAGAUAAAGAUGGUAGUGAAACCGCUCCUGCAUCCAGAGACGCUGACCAUAAUUCUUUGUGGUACCCUGGGACGAACAAUGCAGGCGAUGACGGACAUGCUGCAUACAAGCGAAGCGAUCCGUGUUCACCCUCGCGGCCCUGGUCACCCAUCCAGCCAGGCCCCGAAAUGCUGGGUUCAACGCCCGACCCAAUCGGGAAGCAACCUGAGCUAGAGGUACCUGCAUUCCACAUCCCAGCCGAGCUUCCGCUCAACGCCGAGCGCUCUUCGAUUAACACUCCCCGGCAAACACCCAGUCCCUCCAGAGUGAACAGUAGUGGCCAGGGCGGCCUUCGCCAAACAGCGGAUGGAUCAGUGAUGCAUCCAAAUCUGGAUGGAGGCCAUGGUGGUAAGAAGACCGGGGAGAGUCAUGUUAUGAGCUGGAUGAGCUACGAUGGCGAUGGAUCAAGUCCUGUACAGUAG